CUGCUUCUUUUGUCACAAACCAUCAUCUUCGACGACACAGAGACAGAGAGGAGCAUAGUUAUAUUAUAUUUCCCCUCGAUGGUGGAGUCGGGUGAUGUCUCUGGGAAUAGAUUCGACGACGAUGGUCGGGAGAAGAGAACGGGGACGGUUCUGACGGCGAGCGCGCACAUAAUCACGGCGGUCAUAGGUUCCGGCGUGUUGUCCUUGUCUUGGGCGAUAGCACAGCUUGGUUGGCUGGCAGGAACCCUGAUUUUGGUCACUUUCGCCAUCAUCAACUACUACACAUCCACCAUGCUCGCCGACUGUUACCGAUCUCCCGACGACGACCCGGGUUCACGGAAUUAUACUUACAUGGACGUCGUCCGAGCUUACCUUGGUGGUAGGAAAGUGCAGCUGUGUGGACUGGCACAGUACGCAAGUCUCGUAGGGAUCACUAUUGGUUACACCAUCACUGCCUCCAUAAGCUUAGUAGCGAUCGGAAAAGCAGAUUGUUAUCAUGACAAGGGGCAUGGUGCGAAAUGUUCCUUGUCGAAUUAUCCAUCCAUGGCAGCAUUUGGGGUCGCCCAAAUCAUGCUCAGCCAGAUCCCUAAUUUUCACAAACUCUCUUUCCUCUCCAUCAUCGCCACUGUUAUGUCCUUCUGUUAUGCCUCUAUCGGAAUCGGCCUAUCCAUCGCCACUGUGACAAGUGGGAAGGUUGGUAAGACGGGGCUGACGGGCACAGUGGUUGGAGUGGACGUAACUGCGUUUGAAAAACUGUAUAGAUCGUUUCAAGCUGUUGGAGACAUUGCUUUCUCAUAUUCUUAUUCCAUUGUUCUCGUUGAGAUCCAGGAUACACUGAAAUCAAGUCCACCAGAGAACAAAGUAAUGAAAAAAGCAAGCCUUGCUGGAGUCUCCACCACAACUGCUUUCUACAUCUUAUGUGGUGGCAUGGGAUAUGCCGCAUUCGGGAACCAAGCCCCUGGUGACCUCCUUACUGACUUUGGUUUUUACGAACCUUACUGGCUCAUCGAUUUUGCCAAUGCUUGCAUUGUUCUCCACCUAGUCGCCGCAUAUCAGGUGUUUGCACAACCAAUUUUCCAGUUUGUUGAAAAGAAAUGCAACAAAAAGUGGCCAGAAAGCAAUUUCAUCACCAGUGAACAUUCGAUGGAUAUACCAUUGAUUGGAACAUGUCGCAUCAACUUUUUCAGACUACUGUGGAGGACAGCCUACGUGAUUGUGACAACAGUUGUAGCAAUGAUAUUCCCAUUCUUCAAUGCAAUCUUGGGUUUGAUCGGGUCAUUCGCGUUCUGGCCACUCACAGUUUAUUUUCCGGUGGCAAUGCACAUGGCGCAGACAAAGGUUAAGAAGUAUUCUCUAAGAUGGAUAGGGCUGGAACUCCUCGUAUCGCUUUGUUUAAUUGUUUCGCUCCUAGCCGCAAUGGGAUCCAUCGUGGGCUUGAUAAGCAGUGUCAAGGCAUACAAGCCUUUCAACAACUUAGAUAAGUGAUAAGCAUAAGUAAUCAAAACAAUACUGUAUGUACGUGUUAUAUCUCCUAAAAACAUUAAUAUGGCGAUGACAUACAAAGUUUUUCAUCAACGGCUCUUGUCAACAACCCGUACUUCAAUGGUGUAAUAUUAUGUGACGUUUUAGAUAA